AUGGCCUCUCCCUACGGCGUCCGCAAGGUGGCGGCUGCCAACACCCUCGAGCACCGUGUCUACAUCGAGAAGGAUGGCGUUCCCGUCUCGCCUUUCCACGACAUCCCCCUGUUCGCCAACCCCGAGCAGACCGUCCUCAACAUGAUUGUCGAGAUUCCUCGCUGGACCAACGCCAAGCUCGAGAUCUCCAAGGACGAGCUCCUCAACCCUAUCAAGCAGGACAUCAAGAAGGGCAAGCUUCGAUAUGUUCGCAACUGCUUCCCCCACAAGGGCUACCUGUGGAACUACGGUGCCUUCCCCCAGACCUGGGAAGACCCCAACGUCGUCCACCCCGAGACCAAGGCCAAGGGCGACAACGACCCGCUCGACGUCUGCGAGAUCGGCGAGCUGGUUGGCUACACCGGCCAGGUCAAGCAGGUCAAGGUUCUGGGCGUCAUGGCCCUCCUCGACGAGGAGGAGACCGACUGGAAGGUCAUUGUCAUUGACGUGAACGACCCGCUGGCCCCCAAGCUCAACGACGUCGAGGACGUCGAGCGCCACCUGCCUGGCCUGCUCCGUGCCACCAACGAGUGGUUCCGUAUCUACAAGAUCCCCGACGGCAAGCCCGAGAACCAGUUCGCCUUCACUGGCGAGUGCAAGAACAAGACAUAUGCUAUGGACGUCGUCCGUGAGUGCGCCGAGGCCUGGGAGAAGCUCAUCACCGGCAAGACCCAGCCUGGCAACAUCUCCACUACCAACCUGACUGUCGCCCACUCUACUAGCCGUGUUGCUCCCGAGCAGCUGCCGCCUCUGCCUCCCCACGAGGAGGUGCCGCCUGGCAAGAUCGACGCCUCCAUAGACAAGUGGUUCUUCAUCAGCGGAGCCUCCGCAUGA